AUGUAUACCCCACCACCCUCUAUAACAUCCUUUCUCUUCCUCCUCCUCUUCUUCCUCUCAUCAAUACCCACGCAGGUAUACUCGAGUAUACCAAGUGACCUACCUAACGUGAAUUUAGAGAGUCUCAAGAAAAUAGGUAUAGCAGGACAAUACAAUGAAAUAUCUUUUUAUACUGAAGGAGGUCUGCAACAAAUUAAUAACGGAACAAGUGGGUCCAUAAUACAGAAAAAAGGAGACAGUUUUACAUUAUUAGGAUAUACAGAAGGAAAUAAAACUGUCAAUGCAAUGUGCCAAAUGAAUAGAGGAGGAGAAUUAGACGUGUAUGUUGGUGGAAACUUCACCACUAUCACAAACAACGCCGGCGUUUCCCUUACAGCAAAUUACAUCGCCCUAUACAAUCCAACGACGUCUACCUUCUCCAACCUCUCUUCGGGUCUAGAUGGCCCUGUACUUUCACUUCUGUGUGACUCAUCCACUAAUACGCUCUACGUUGGAGGUUCAUUUACCGCCCCUGUCAAUGUCUCUGCUCAGGAUAAACCAAACUAUGGAGGCUCCGUCGCGAUUUGGAAAGAUGGUCAAUGGAGCCCACUACCGUUUGGUGGCUUUAACGGACCCGUUAACACAAUCGUAUUGAAUAGUGAUAACAAUACAGUAUAUUUCGGUGGCGAGUUUGAUGCUACAUCCGAUGGAAGUUUUGGCGACGUUACUUCGUCUCAGCCACUGGACAUGGCACAUGCCAAUAUUACUGUUGGCAAUGGAUCUCGUAGACCAGGUUUUGAUGACCCCAGUGCAAUUAUUUGUCCAAAAGGUGCUGAUGGGCCAGGAAAUACAUGGUUAUUGGCCGAUUAUCAACCCGGCUCGUGGAGAAUACAAUUUCCAGUACAAGUUGCCCCGACUAGUGUUGAUAUAGUGAAUACAAUGGUUGAGGGUAGGGGCACUAAAACUUUCAGCAUAUGGACAGCUGAUAAUCAAAGAGUCGAGCUAUCUUACAUUGAUCCCAAUACCCUUGCGACCGUCACAUGUAUUGACGCUUGUCCACUACAACAGUCUAAUACAACAACGCAAACGUUCCAAUUCGUUACUCAAAUUACAACAACAGCUUUGCAAGUGAAUGUGAUCGAGUUCAAUGGAAUCGGCGGUGGAUUUCAUCAAAUUCAGUUCUAUCAGAGCGAUGUGGUAGUUCAUGCAACAGGGUAUGGAAAUUUCCCUUCUUGCAUUUCAACGCCGUUCACUCCUUCCGUCUCAACGACAGGCACCUGGACUCCAGUAAUUAUCCAAGGAGAUUGGGAACCAGCCUUACAGGCCACGAUUCCCGCAGCAUCGUACGCAUCCAGCGACGACACUGUCACUUUGACGCCAUACGUUCCUCAAACGGGUAAUUAUUUAGUAACGCUCCAUCUCCCUCCAUGUACGCCCAAUUGCGAGAAUGCGGCCACAAUCUCGGUCACUACAAACGUGCUACCGGGAACAAGCGUAGUUUUGAAUAUAACAACGAAUAAUUUAAGACCUAAAGACAUUACGUUGUAUCAGGGUAAAGUACUUGCUACAAGCGAUACAUUUAAGCCGUCAGUAGUGGUUGAAUUAGAUAAACAGGUACCACCAAAUCCAGGUCAAAACACGCUCCAAAUUGAUAUUGGAUACGUGGCAUUUACGAGAACAAAUAGUGCACCACCAUUAAGUGGAGUGUUUCAGUAUUGGUUAAACGUCAAUGGAGGUGUCAAUGCUUGGGGUAGUCUGAACGGGAUUUUUCCAGACAGGGCAAAAGUAGAAUCUUUGGCAUUGCUCUCUAAAACCCAAUUGAUCAUCGGCGGAACGUUCUCUGAUGCGAGGUUUUCUAAUAUAGUAUUAUAUGACGGUUCUCAACUUGUUUCUCUUUCCAACGGUGGGCUUAACGGACCCGUGAAUAGUAUCAUCAGCGUUUCUUCUGAUGAAAUUAUUGUUGGUGGUUCAUUUACUGGAACUGUUAAUCCUCAGACACUGUUGAAUAUAGCGAGAUAUAAGCUAUCUACGAAGGCUUGGACGCCAGUAAGCGGAGGAUUGAACGGUCCUGUGAAUGUGUUAGGCUAUGCCAAUGUUAGCAACAACAAUCAAAUAUUCGUCAGUGGACCGUACCAAGUGAGAUAUGAUCCUGGAAAGACGGAUGGUGAAGUGACAUUUGGAUUCGAAUUAUGGGAUGAGGGACUGAAUUCUUGGGCCAAUGAGACUAAUUUUGUCAACGGAAACAUUAAAGAUAUUAUAUCACUUACAGUAAAUGGAGAUGCAGUUACAUACAUUUCUGGAGACGUUUUUUCCGCAUCAUCUGUCCAAAUGUUUGGAGCUAGUCUAUUGAGUCCUCAGGGUGAUAUUACUCCAUUGCCAAUUGUGCCGACGAGCAUUAAUGGCAGUGCCCCCCAAGUUUCUGUCUACACUGGAGCUUUUUACGAAAACUCUGACGGCGAAGCAGUAACCGUGAUAGGGGGAAACUUUACGAUUGGCACUGUAAAGAACAUAGCCUUCGUUAAGAACAGCACCGUUCAGUCUCUAUCAGGCGACAUAAAUGGUACUAUUCAAACGGUACUAAUUAUAGACGAUAUACUUUACAUUGGUGGUGUAUUCUCCUCUCCGAAAGGCGAUGGCUUUGCAGCGUAUAAUUUAAAAUCGAAUGAAUUUGAAGAUAUACCUCAAUUGAGCGGUGCAGAGGGCGUCAGUGUGAAUGUUGUGAAACAAAGACAGAAUAACAAGGAGAUACUGGUUGGAGGGGUGUUUGAUAAAGCAGGCGAUGUCGAAUGCAAAGUCGUCUGUAGUUUUGAUGCUAGUAAGAAUCAAUGGAAUGCACUGGGUAAUACAAAUAUUGAUGGAGAAGUAUUUGCAAUUGAUUUUGUCGAGUCAAACCAAAACCUUCUUUAUGCAGCUGGUAAUUUAACCGUAAAUGGGGAAAAGACUUAUCUUGCAGAAUACGAUUAUGGUCAAUCUACAUGGCGCCCCAUUACAGAAUCCACUUCUCUAUCCGGUGCACCUUCAGCUCUCGCAAUAGACGGCUCUGCUCAACGCAUUUGGAUAGCUGGACAUACUGACGCAAACUCUGCAUACUUGUAUGAAUACGAUGGAUCAAAAUUUACUUCAUUCACCACUGGACUAGUAUCAACUUCGAGGAUAUCUCAGUUGACCUUCCUACCAAUUAACGGGGACAAUCCAGGCAAUGAUAUAAUAAACGGGAACCGAAUACUAAUGGUUGUUGGAGACUUACAGUUGAAUAAUGCUGGAAAUGUUAGUACGGCAUUGUUCGAUGGGCAGAACUGGCAUCCUUAUCUACAAGCUUCGCAGAGUGGAGGAAGUAACGGGAAUAUUUUGGGUAUCUUCUUUGAUAUUCCCCCAUCAUUCUCUAAUAAAACUGCAGCCAUCUCACUAUUGAUGGUAUUUGCAAUAGUUGCGAUAUUAAUGGCAAUAGCUUAUUACCGUCGAUCAAAAUUAAAAAAGGAAGCAGAAGAAACUACGACGGCAACGUUCAAUCUCGAGUCAAAGAUCAAACUCGCACAGGAUUUACUUCAACAAAGCGACAAGAAUUCAUCGGGUUCAGAAAAAGUGCGAGUGUCUUCUGGCACCGAAAAAUCUGCCAACGGAGAAAGCGACCGGAAACAAGAAUUUGUGGCUGGUGGAGGAGCGGGAGGAUUAUUCAGCGAAUUGGUCGGUAAUUUGGACGACGCACAGGUCUUUUAUGCUCAAUAUAAGUUCGAGCCACGUAAUGCGGGUGAACUGGGGCUCAAAGUCGGAGAUACCGUUUAUGUCGUCGACAGGAGUGAUCCUACAUGGUGGAUUGGGUUUGUUGAUGAUGGCAUUGGGCGACUUGUAAAGGGAGCCUUCCCUAGUAAUUAUGUAUCAAGCAUCCCACCAGAAGACUCGUAA